AUUAUCUGUGUUUAAUAGGACUUUUAGACGCGAGAAUGGAGUUAGACAGUGGCAUUAAACAUGGUAAUCCCAUGUAUUAUCCAGCACUCUCGAUUAUGGCUUGUAAAACAGUUUACAAUAAUGCUGCUUAUAACCAAGCUUUAAUCGAAGGUCAAUGGAAGAUGGAGUUCUUGGGAUUCAGAAAUUACUGGAACGAUUUUACUGGAAAACCUGACACACAAGUUGUGAUGUUUCGAGAUAAAGAUGUUGAUCACGACACCAUUGUUGUUUGCUUCAGAGGAACACAACCGUUUAAUCUCAAUGACUGGUGUUCGGACGUAGACUUGUCUUGGCACGAAUUCCCCAAAAUCGGGAGGAUUCACAGCGGCUUCAUGAAAGCCUUGGGGAUGCAAAGUGAUGUAGGAUGGCCGGAAGAAGUGGAUAACGAUUCAUACACCGGUGGCCGCAAAGCAGCCUUGGCUUACUACGACAUAAGGGACACGUUGAGAACCCUUUUGAGGAAAAACCCCGAAGCCAAAUUUAUAGUGACGGGCCACAGUUUGGGCGGCGCGUUGGCUGCUCUGUUCCCGGCGAUUUGCUUUUACCACGACGAACGAUUGUUGCUCGACAGAAUGGAGGCGAUCUACACGUUCGGACAACCCAGAGUCGGAGAUGAAGCGUUCGGGAAUUACAUGAAUAUGAAUCUGACAAAGCGUGGUAUUCAUUAUUACAGAUACGUUUACUGUAACGAUGUGGUUCCUAGGGUUCCUUCUGACCGCGUGUUCAAGCACUUUGGUAACUGCGUUUACUACGACAGCAAAUACGAAGCGUCGAUAGUUGAGGAAGUCCCAUAUAAGAACUACUUGUCAAUUUGUGGGGGUAUUUCGAUGCGAAGAAACGCCAUUUAUGAGCUGAUGAGAAGCUUCGAUGUGGGGAGAAAGUAUGGAGAAGAAUACAAGGAAGGUUGGCUGCUAUUUGGCAUGAGGAUGUUUGGAUUGGUGAUACCUGGUUUGCCUGCUCAUUGUCCCCAAGAUUAUGUAAACUCUACUCGACUCGGUUCCCAUUCCCACCACCAUCUUCUUUCUCGUGUUUUCCACCAUUAAAAGCGCGCAUCGACAAGUGCAUGCC